AUGGCGUCUUCUGAAAGCUUCUCGGGCAAGGAAUAUACAAUUGCUUCGAAUGACCACACAACUGACCCGGUUCGGCGUGUGCUCCACUUUCAUAGCGAAGCGAGUAAGGGCCUCAAGAACCGGGAAGAGGGCUCGUCAACCAAGCCGUCUCCGGCAAAGACGUUGCAGUUGUCUGAGAGCUGCGAACAAGACGCCCUUGCUUGCGCCUCAGAGGUGCGUAUCCGAACGGUUCGCUCGUCACCAGAGUCUGGGUCACCAGGUGUCGCCGCUUCGACGGUGCUCGCACGUGACCCCGCUGUCGUGCUGGGUGCCGGCCCAGCGGGCUGCCUCAUCGCACUCGAACUCAGUCGUCUUGGUAUUCCCGUAGAAGUUUUUGAAUAUCGCUCCGCGCAUUAUUUUAGACCCUAUAUAGAGUACGCUGGAGGUGGCGGUGAUCGGGCUCCUUACCAGCGAUAUCGCGGACGAUCGAUCAAUCUGGCACUUUCGGCGCGAGGUUUGCGUGCACUGGAAACCGUCGGACUCGCACAGCGCAUCCAGCAAAUAGGUGUGCCUAUGCGGGGGCGCAUGAUCCACGAUACAGCAGGACGCGUACACUUUCAGGCCUACGGUGGUCGUCCCGAGGAGUACUUGCUCUCGGUAUCGCGCACCACGCUGAAUCAGAUGCUCGUGGAGACCUGUCUGCUCGAUGAGCGCGGCCUGAUUACGAUGCAUUUUGGAAAGAAAUGUACCGACAUUGAUCUCGACCAGUGCGUCUUGACAUUCGAGGAUGGAUGGAUGUCACCGAGGCACCACGGUUGGCCAGAAUCAAAUACUGAGGACACGGUUGAUUCGCCACCGAGUAGCCGCAGCCUCGAGCGAGAACGAAGAGCGCGAAAGCGCGCAGCACCCGCGCGCGGCUUCCUGGGCACCAAAGAGAGAACGCCGCGUACGCCGCAGCACGACGCUACGCACAGAGAGCCUGGUGCCGAGGCCGUCCCCGGGUCGCUGAUGUCGUCAACCGGACGCUCGACGUCAGCCGGAGCGGUCUCGACGCGUCAUGUCACUGCAAGUUUUAUCAUAGGUGCGGAUGGUGCACAUUCGCGGGUGCGCCAAGCCAUGCAACGACUUGUGCCUUUCAAUUACGAGCAGGAGUACAUCCCAACGGCGUACAAGGAGCUCUCGAUUCCGUCACGCAUACAGCGAGAUGACACCGGGGGCUCUUCGGGCGGUUACUUGUUGGCACCGCACGCGUUGCAUAUCUGGCCUCGACAUCGCUUUAUGUUGAUUGCACUGCCAAACCGAGACGGCUCCUUCACUGCUACGUUAUUUAUGAACAGAGAUGCGGAUCCAGGAGCGCCAGACGUGCCUUCGUUUGCAACCGUUCGAACGCCUUCGCAAAUCCAGCAAUUUUUCGAGUCCUAUUUUCCGGAUAUUUACGCGCUUGUGCCAUCGCUGGUCGCAGAUUACCAGAGUAACCCGGUUGCUCCGCUCUUUACGAUUCGCUGUGCACCAUUUCAUUACCGCGGCAGGGCGGUUCUCGUCGGAGAUGCAGCACACGUGAUGGUGCCGUUCUAUGGUCAAGGUUGCAAUGCCGCCAUGGAGGAUUGCCGGAUUCUGGCAAAUUUCUUCCGUGAAGAGAUACGCCUCGCUGCGCUUCGAGCACCAAACAGACGCGUGCGGGGAUGCGUGCGGCUCCCUGCCUCGGACUUGACGGUUGACUUCGAGGAUGGCAUUGCAGAGGACGACUUGACAGAUGCGAAAGGCCUGCAGCGUGCUCUAGCCGAUGAUGGAUAUCUGGGCGGUGUCGUAGAUUCGGAAUCCGAGGGCGCGGCACUUUUGGACCUGGAGCGGGUGUUCUCUGCCUAUAGCGCUGAACGGAAACCGAAUGCUGACGCGAUCACCAACUUGGCGCUCGAAAAUUACUGGGAAAUGGCCAGUAAGACCUCGUCGCGUCUUUUCCGCUGGAAACGUGAGAUCCAAAACCAACUUCACGCGCUCAUGCCUUGUUAUUUCAUGAGCCUUUAUCACAUGAUCUCAUUCAGCAACAUUCCCUAUGCAGAAAGCGUUCGCAGAGCUCAGAAGCAGGAUCGUGUCAUGAACGCGCUCUUCCGCUCAUUAGGCUUGGGCUGUGUCAGCUUUGCUGGAUUCAUGCUGUGGCGCGCUUGUCACUUGCUACGCAAAGCACAGAGAAAUUGA